AUGGUGAUGGAACCACCGUACGCUACAGAAGACAUGAAAUUGGUCCUCCAGGGCGUUUCCCAAGACGAUUAUGGGAUUGUGAAGAAAUUCCCAGAAGCUGACCCAGGAGUUUGGCUUCAUUUGUCAAAUAAAGACUAUGACUGGUCUACGUCCACCAUCUAUGGCAAGGUGUGGUCGGUGUGGCAGUACUCCAUCGCGUCGGGCAUGGUGAUUCUAGAGAUACAAGAGCGCUUGAUGGACUUCCUUUUCAAGUGUUGUUAUCGAAUCCUGCACGACAUUGAGCCGAACAACUUGCUCAGCGACACGUAUCCUAUCCAGCCCGAGCCUACGCUUCCUUCGAAUACGCAGACUGAAGAAUUACAGACCUCCCUUCUUGAGAUUACUUUCGAAGCACCUUACCGCGUGCCGACUCGGCUGAAUUUUGCCAAUCUUGAAAAGCUAUUUGCGGCUAGGGCCGCCGCUGCGGAGGAUUACGUAUGGACGAUGCGCGAGGAUCCCAAUUACUUUGCCGAACAAGUCAGUGACACGUACGAUCAUGUGCAACUCAUCGGCGAUACGAGAGAGCAUAAAGACAAAUGGGGAGCAGCCAUUGGUCAGGUUCUGGCUAAUGUAUACACAAUGAUUGAGAAUUAUGCGAGCGUCAUAAACCCUACCGAGAAACUGCCCGACGAAUACAACGACCAGAUUCGCCAUUUUCUUUCUUUCCUCCUUACUAUGAGAGAGGCUGUGUUUCUGCCAAAGCUUGAGCUCUUGAUCAAGCGUUCGCUCCCGUUCCGAGCCGCUAUUAUCCUUUGGCGCUUGCAUUCCGAGGACAGGGAUAGGCCUCUGACAUAUAAUGAGCAAUUUUUGCUCAUGCACGUGCUCCGGCAUCUAUAUGAUUCGAGGGGCCUGCUUGAUGACGACCAGGACGUGGUUCCUGAUAUCUUUACAAUGAAUAUGGUCAUGAAUGAUCUAGAACUUCAGACGGAAAGGGACAAGACAAUUCGCGACUUGCUGUCGCCAACUGCCCGUGUCAUGAUGGGUGACUUAACUCUAAUCAUCCAGGCUUUGCAUGCGCUGGAGCGGUUUGAGCCGUGGAAUCGAGGUUUCAGUGCCGAGGUUGACGAUGAUUCUAUGGAUUGGUCGACAGAGGUUAUCGAAGCCAGGCUUGGCAUUUUGCGACAAAUCACGAAGCUCUGGAAACUGGUGAAGUUUGCAUAUCCGGAGCACCGACGCAGGAAUAAGGAGAACGUUGAGAUGAUGCGGCGAGCAGAGUCGAAUCUAGAUUCUUUCUGGGCCAGAGCAGACCGGUAUCUCUACGAUCGGACAAAGAACAUGAACGAAAGUAUCCUCAUGGGUCUCCUCAAAAGUCCCCGUGUUUUGCAGCGGACACCCGAAUGGGUUGAGCCCACGAAAGAGAAGAAGAAAGUCCUCGACAUUGAGCAAUCCUUGUCGACCUUUUUCUUUGGCACCAGUGACGAUCGAGACACUAAGGCAUCAGAACUUCUUUCAGCGAAGCCAGCCAAAGCGAAACUCAAGACAAGAGGAACUACAAUCCAGUUAACAGAUACCGUUGAAGCCCCAGCUGAAGCGAUGGCCGAGGUCGCACUUGAGGAUCCAAAGCCGGUAUUCAAGGUCGACCGAUGA